CUCAUUAGAAAAUCAGAUACCUGUCUUAAACACACGCCCACUUUAAUCAUGUCGAAUUUAGUCGACUACAAGGCUCUGCUGUUGGAAGCCGAAGAGAAAUUAAGAAAAGCUGACGAAGAAAGAAAGAAAGCUGACGAAGAAAGAAAGAAAGCUGAGGAGGAAAGAAGGCAGGAGAAGAUACUGAGAGAGCAGGCAGAAACACGAAAUCGUCCGACUACCUUCGAAGAAUUCAUUCAACACUGUCAUAACCUUCUUUCGAAGCCUCUGAAAGCCGGAAAUCCCGCUCAGUCUACCACCGGCAAGAUUCCGUCCCCUACCGGCAAGUACUGCCCUGUACGACUGGAACCCUGGACAGAUUGUGUCUUUGAGCAACAGCGGGUUUACAACUCAGUUCAUCAAUAUCUCCAUCCUUUCGGCAGAGAAGCACCGCGAUUAUUCAGCCCCUGCAUUGUACUAGAAGAGUACGGGCAGCGUUUUGCCGCCCGACCUAUCACGAGCGAAAAGGACCUGGAGAUUUAUGAGCGUUUCGCUGUGGAAAAUCAUGUGUUUGAUAUCAUCUCAGCGCUGUGCAAGAUACCGAGUGCUCGAGAGGAAUUCGGCCUAGAGGAUGGGGUGUGGUUCGACAACCACGCCAAUGCUCUUGACGAAGAUCCGCCAGACGAAGCAAAUUCGAAGGAGCAACCUGCGCGCCCUGAUCAAUUCUGUAUUCACCGCGUUGAUGGAGAUACCAGGGCCUUGUUAACUACAGUCGAGUACAAACCGCCGCAUAAACUGUCUAACGAGAAUCUUAGGGCGGGACUCCGACCGAUGAACUUUUAUCAUGAGAUUGUUGAAUCAGAAACAGUUCCUACCGACGGGCCGGAGAAACUAAGAUACAACGCCGCUCGCCUUGCCGGCUCUGCAAUCGUUCAGGAAUAUCAUGUGAUGAUUCAGGAAGGUCUGGAGUACUCAUACUUGACUACUGGGCUUGGGAUUGUGCUUCUACGGGUGCCCGACGACUGCUCGAUUUUGUACUAUUAUUUAUGCGAGCCGAAUUUCGAUGUCGAGAGUGGCAUUGAGGGCCCUCGAACAGCAAUCGAGAGAGUACUUUGUCUAUGUCUAAUGAGCUUCCAGUCGGUCUAUCGAGAUCAAUCCUGGCGGAACGCUGCUCGAUCACAGCUUCCAACCUGGGAAACCAGUUUCAGCUAUGCACGAUCCCAGAUUCCAUCGGGCGAGUUGCAGCAGAAGCCCCCAGAAUCUGAUUACACCAGCCCGGAGUGUACUAGCUCGGAGAUAACAUCAUCUGAGUAUCAGCCAUCAUCUCCUUUCAAAUCGCCUGCCUCCCUCGGUCGCCGCCCGUCCACUCGUUCUACUUGCCGUGCGCCUGCCGGUGUCAGCCGUCGAGAGGAUUCUUCAGAGCCUGAUGAUGAUUCGACACCUGCUGCGCAACGAAAGCGCGGCUUUAGUGAGAUCGCGUCCUCGCCGCCCGCACCGCGCUCCAUGCCGACCACCCCAAAGAAUCCCCCUCAACGCUAUGCCGGUCAAUCUCGCUCACACUCUCAUGAGUUCUGCACGCAAAAAUGUCUGUUGGGCUUGCAGCGCGAUGAUAUCUUGGAUCCACAAUGCCCGAAUGUGAAGCUUCAUCGAGUUGCCCUGAAGACUGACCGUCACCCAAUCCGAGCCGCCGAAUUGGUCACCUUGAUCAAGCAACAGUUGGAUAAGAACCUGGAUGAGUACUGUACUCCACUUGGUCAAUGUGGAUCAUAUGGCGCACCAUUCAAAGUCACAUGUGCCGCAUACGGCUACACAGUGGUGGGGAAGGGCACAACUUCACGGCUAUGGCAUGAGGUAUCGCAGGAAGCAGAUAUCUAUCGUAUUUUACAGAGUAUCCAAGGCUCUGCAGUGCCGGUUUUCCUGGGACUCAUAAAUUUGGCUAAUAUUUACUUUCUCCACGGCGCAGGUGAGAUUCGCCACAUGCUACUAAUGAGUUGGGGGGGCAAGAGUCUCCGUCAUAAGGAAAUCGAUACCAACAUGCAGCGGCAUAUCUUACGGUCGGAAAGAAGUAUUCUAUCAUUGGGUGUCGUGCAUGACGACCUUCGCCCAGAGAAUAUUCUAUGGAAUGAUGAACUACAACAAGUAUUGAUUAUUGAUUUCCACCGGUGUCACUUGAACCAUCAAAUGCUACUUCCGAAAUCGACCUCAAGUAGAAAGGGUCUUUUGAAGAGAAUGUAUACAAGCAGGGAUGAGCUAAGGACCAAACGCAAGUGUGUCAAUUAGCAGCAUGUAGUUACUAGUCAAGAAACCCCUAUGGAUUUCUCAUUGUAGUGAAGUUCCAACCAUGAGAAUUGCUCGCGCAGCAGUAUCAUAGAAUCAGACCUUUAUUGCC